AUGUUUCAUCAUACUUUAGUACACGCUCGAUAUUGCAUGUGGAAUUACUUGGAUUUAAAUACUAAUUAUUAUCAAGGAAACUUACAAUCACUAAACAGCAAAAUGGUUGAAGGAAAUAAAACCUCGACUGAGAUGCACACUUUUCUACCUCAAGAUGAUGCGCUAGCAUCUAAAUAUAAAGUACAAGUUGUUUCAAAAGAUGUGGAAGUCGCAACCCCUCUGGCGAAUUCCAAAAAUUUUGAUCCAUUUACUGAGCGAAAAAUUGACAAUCCAACUACAGAUGGUGAAACGCUAACGCAUUUACUGAAAGCAGCUUUGGGUACUGGAAUCCUUUCUAUGCCCUAUGCCUUCAGAGGCGCUGGAAUUGUAGGUGGUAUCCUGGGAACAAUCUUCGUCUCACUUAUCUGUACUCAUUGCUCUUACAUCUUGGUAAAAUGUGCCCACGUAUUAUACUACAAAACGCAUAAAACAAAAAUGGGAUUUGCUGACGUCGCAGAAACUGCAUUUGCAACUGGACCAAAAUGGGGCCGUAAAUUUUCCAAAUUCUCCAGGUACUUUGUCCAAAUUUGCCUGUUCUCAACCUACUUCGGCGCUUGUACAGCGUACAACAUCAUCAUAGCAACAAAUUUCGGGCAAGUAAUAAAAUACUACAUGAACCACACCGCGCCAGUAGUAUUGAUGACCAACACGACCACCCUAGUGAACGUUUCCGACGUAGUAAACACGACAACAGCAGCGAUAGAAACAGUAAUCCCCCUGGAUAUUUCAUUCAUGAGAAUAAUAAUAGCCUGUCUGUUCGUACCGCUGAUCCUGCUGGUCUACGUGCCUGACUUGAAGUACUUGGCGCCUUUUUCAAUGGUCGCAAACAUCUUCAUGGCCUGCAGUUUAGGAAUGACCUUCUACUACCUGGUCCAAGACAUGUUACCAAUAAACCAACUGUCUCUAGUGAGACCAUACUAUGAAUUCCCGCAAUUCUUCAGUGUCACGGUAUUCGCCAUGGAAGCUAUCGGAGUGAUAAUGCCUCUGGAGAACAACAUGAAGACACCCCAGAACUUUGUGGGAAUUUGCGGAGUCCUCAGCAGAGGAAUGGGAAGUGUCACCUUCGUCUACAUCUUCCUUGGCUUGCUUGGAUACAUGAAGUACGGAGAUCACGCAAAUGCGGUGAUCACUGCGAACCUGCCGAUUGCUUUGAUACCAGCCCAGGUCGUCAAAGUUUUGAUCGGACUCGCUGUUUUCUUCACCUUCGGGCUUCAGUUCUACGUUUGCAUUGACAUCGCCUGGAAUGGAGUCAAGGAACACUUUGCUCCCAGGCCAAAAGUUGGGGAAUACAUCGUAAGGACGGUCAUGGUGAUCUGCUGUGUCUCCCUGGCCAUCGCUAUCCCCAACAUCGGACCGCUUGUUGAACUUGUAGGUGCGUUCUGCUUCUCCCUGCUUGGACUUCUUGCUCCGGUGGUCAUUGAAGUCAUCACCUACUGGGACGUCGGGUUCGGUCGCUUCAACUGGAUGAUUUACAAAAAUGUUGUCGUUACUGUAAUCGGACUUUUGGCGCUUGUUUUUGGUACCAAGUCUGCUGUCAUAGGCAUCAUUGAAGCUAUGAUGUAG